GUUAAACUACUAUUUAGGUUAGAAUUUGUUAUCUUUUGUGUGCAAAAUUUGAGAAACGAUCAUGUCAUUUAGAUCACAUUCGACAGGGAGUAGUCAAUUCGCAGAGAAGAUAACAGAGGAUCCUGUAACGUAUAAGACGGCACAAAGUACCGUGACGUGCAUUUACCAAGCGCAUAUAUCCGGAUUUUGGAGGAAUGUUACGGUAUUGUGGUCCAAGAAUGUCAUGAACCAUUCGCUUAUGGUCAUGGUGACUAACGUGGAAGGCGAUAUGAAUUAUUGUUGUAAGGUUGAUCUUAAGCCUUGGCAUUUUUGGAACAAGAAAGGCUAUAAGUCGUUUGAGGUGGAAGGUAACCCGGUAGAGGUGUAUUGGGAUUUUAGGUCUGCGAAAUUCACGAGUAGUCCAGAGCCGAGCUCAGAUUUUUACGUGGCUUUAGUCUCGGAGGAAGAGGUGGUUUUGCUUGUGGGUGAUUACAAGAAGAAGGCUUUCAAGAGAACAAAGUCAAGGCCCGCUUUGGUAGAGGCUGCCUUGUUCUACAAGAAAGAAAACGUGUUUGGCAAGAAGUGUUUUACGACGAGGGCUAAGUUUUACGACAGGAAAAAAGAACACGAGAUCAUCGUGGAAAGCUCGACCUCGGGGCCUAAAGAGCCAGAGAUGUGGAUAAGCAUAGACGGGAUUGUGUUGAUACAAGUCAAGAAUUUGCAAUGGAAAUUCAGAGGGAAUCAGACAGUGCUGGUAGAUAAACAACCCGUUCAAGUGUUUUGGGAUGUUUAUGAUUGGUUGUUCAGCACGCCAGGGACAGGCCAUGGUUUGUUCAUAUUCAAACCAGGGACCACCGAAGACAGCGACAUGGAAGGAAGUGGUCACGGUGGUGGUGGGAGCGAUACAAGUACAGGGAGCAGGUAUUAUUCGACCAAGAGUAGUAACCCUUGGCCACCGGAGUUUUGCCUUUUUCUUCAUGCAUGGAAACUUGAGUAGUAUAGUUCUUGGAAACAAGAAGCUUUUGUCUAUUAUUGUUGUUCCAUGUGGCUAUAAAUCUUAUCUUGUUCU